AUGGAAACCAAAAACACGUUGGAGCGGCGAAUUCUUCUAAUUGGAAGCCAUAAAAGGCUAUUGGUAAGCAGUUACGUGGAUUCACUUACCUCUUUUUUCAGUUUGAUCGACUUUGUGCAGCUGCCGAAAGAUAUGAAAAGCAUGUCCAAUAUCACGAUGUGUAUUAUCUUUACUAUACCCUCAACGAGGAACCUUUUAUCGUUGAAUUAACUUUGGCCGGAAUAGUGAGUUAAUAUUCAUUGUGAUUAUUCGGCUUGUAGGAACAUACCGGGGCUAGGGAAAUGGCUAUAAGGACUGCUGAUGGAGUCAUCAUUUCUUAUGCUGCCAAUUAUCCGGCGUCUUUUAACGACUUGACAUCUCUCUUGGAAGACUUUAAAAUGAGGAAAAACAAAAAUGUAAGUCCUUAAACUCAUGUGCUAGAAUCCUCUGAUAACAUUGCUCACAUGUUUGUCCAAAAAAAAUAAGCGUUUUUUUGGACUAGUGGGCUCGGUUUUCUCUUUGGCGCGAUGACGUGAUCUUUUUCUCUAGCGAUUUAUAAGCGUCUUACGUUAAUCAUAGUGUUACGUUUGCAAUUCAAAAUAUAUGACGAAAUCAAGCAGCGUUUCAACCCAUUUCCAAAAAGAUCAACCAUUGAUUUUUUCUCGCCUCGGCGAUGAGACCAUUUUUCGGCGGAGGGGUUUGACGUCUUUCUUGAAAAUUACAUCUUGUCUUGUUACAAAACCCAGACAGCUUAACUAACUACGUAUGAAUUAGGUUUGUCACAUCUGGCAGGAUUAAAUCUGCUAGUCUUGGUAGCUCGGCAAUUGUUCCACGCAUUGGCGAAGGCUCGGCGAAGACUUUCUUACCGACGGAGGCCGUUUUGGAAGCUUGGCUUGUGCGGAUCGGACUGGAAAAAAGCUGACAAUGAGGUUUUUUACUAAUCACUUCAAUUACCGUAUUGGUUUUUAUUUCAAAGGCUGGCGAAGAAUUCGGCGAAGUGUUUUGACGAGUGUCAAAAAUACGGGAAUGGGACAAACCGAUUGGAGCAAUCAGUGUAAGAUAUACCAAAGAAGUGUAUCUGGCAAGAGAAAAGUUUUCAAUUCGAUUCGCAAAAGCCAAGCUUCCAGAGCGGCUUCCGCCGGUAAGAAAUUCUUCGCCGGUGUAUGAAACACCCGUCAAUCUGCCGAGGCCAACAGAUUUCAUACCAGAUGUAUCAAACCUAGUUUCAUCCGUAGUUAAGCUGUCCGGGCUUUGUAACAAGAUGUAAUUUUCAAAAAAGACGUCAAACGUCUAAAUUGAUUGGUCUCUCCGCGGAGACCAAACAAGGAGCUCCGCCGAGGCGAGAAAAAAAUCUCUUACACAUUCUAAAAACGAACCUCUUAGGAUUUUAAAUACGUCUUAAACUUCUUAAAUCGCUGCAAACAGCACAAAGACAUGGGCAAACAGUUUUUCAAAAAUUUUUUGAAACACCCUGUUUAUGUCAUUUAAGACCGUUCCUUAAACUUUAACGGUUUUUUAGGCGCCGAUCUUAGUAGUGAGAAAUGAAGAUGAGCAUGUCGACUUAGAUCCGACGGAAAGCUCGUCCUCUUACACUGAAUCUUCAGAAGAUCAGGAAUCAGGAAAGACAGAGAUCAAAGUAAAUGUGGACGACAACACAUCUGCUAUCUCCGUGGAACAGGUAUGGCAAACGUCUAAUGGUUGACACGAAUUUAGGGAGCACAGUUAGCAAAAGAAUUCGGUCCAAUAUGCGAACAGACAUCUCUGAAACUCUCGGAAACCACUUCCACCCUCGAUCUCAUACUCGAUUUUCUCAAAAAAGUAUUGGAAACUGAUCGAAGGCAACGAAGAAGGUCGACUAUUUUGGAUGGCUUGAAACAACUCAACGCAAUGACUAUAAACAAACUAAAACGGCAUGACAAGGAUGGGUCGUCGAGUCAUUCCAGUACCUCGGACAUCAGUCCAGCUGGAGAUCAGGAGAAUGUUGAAGAGAAGACCAAGGAGAACAAGGAGAUCGAUACAAAAUCAGAACCGGCCACUCCCGUUCAUUCUCGAAGUUUUAUGAAGACUUUCAGAAGGAAUCAGACUGCGCCAUCGAAUCAGAAACAUAAUAAUAGUCAUAAUCAAGAGGUGGAGGCCGAAUCCGGCCAAUCCAAGGUCUGUGUAAUAAUGUAAUGAAUGAAUAUACGUCUCUUGGCGUCGCUGAAGCGGGUCUAAUUGGGUGUGCCGAUGGCAUUAGUAGCCAGAUGGAGAGGGGCGGUUCGAACAGCCAGAGGCUGUUUCUUCGAGAAUGCAUGCCAAGACGCCAUCCGAUCCGGGCGCACUUCCGGGCCGCGGUAUUUGUUCUGCUGGGCCAAAUAAACACUUGGGAGCGGGACUAAUUCAACUUCCGACGGGCAGCGAAUCCGGUUCUGAUAAAACGAGGAUGAAAAGGAAAGAACUCUCCGUCCAGGACAUUGCCCGAUUCAAACUAGGUUAUGAGAUCUAA